CGGCCGCAGACCCGACGGGCUCCCAGGGACAGCCGGCCGGGCCGGAACUGCAGAGAAUGGGCCGCCCCGGGACCUAGCGCACCGCAGCACGGGCCGCGGCCAGGGUCGGGCGGAGCCGCUGCGCAGCUGGAGCCAUGAACGGGGACGCCAUCUGCAGCGCGCUGCCCCACAUCCCCUACCACAAGCUCGCCGACCUGCACUACCUCAGCCGCGGCGCCUCAGGCACCGUCUCGUCGGCAAGACACGCGGACUGGCGGGUGCGGGUGGCAGUGAAGCACCUGCACAUUCACACGCCGCUGCUCGACAGUGAAAGAAAUGAUAUCUUACGAGAAGCCGAAAUAUUACAUAAAGCAAGAUUUAGUUACAUUCUUCCAAUAUUGGGAAUUUGCAAUGAGCCUGAAUUUUUGGGCAUAGUUACUGAAUACAUGCCAAACGGAUCAUUAAAUGAGCUUCUACACAGAAAAACUGAAUAUCCUGAGAUUGCAUGGCCAUUGAGAUUCCGCAUCCUGCAUGAAAUUGCUCUUGGUGUAAAUUACCUGCACAAUAUGAACCCCCCUCUGCUUCAUCAUGACUUAAAGACUCAGAAUAUCUUGUUGGAUAAUGAAUUUCAUGUUAAGAUUGCAGAUUUCGGUUUAUCAAAAUGGCGCAUGAUGUCACUCUCCCAAUCACGGAGCUACAAAUCUGCACCCGAAGGGGGAACGAUCAUCUAUAUGCCACCUGAGAACUAUGAACCGGGACAGAAAUCAAGGGCCAGCGUGAAGCAUGAUAUAUACAGCUAUGCGGUUAUCAUGUGGGAAGUGUUGUCCAGAAAACAGCCUUUUGAAGAGGUCACCAAUCCUUUGCAGAUCAUGUACAGUGUGUCCCAGGGACAUCGGCCUAACACCAGUGAGGAAAAUUUGCCAUUUGAUAUACCUCAUCGAGGUCUCAUGAUCUCUCUAAUACAAAGUGGAUGGGCACAAAACCCAGAUGAGAGACCAUCCUUCUUGAAAUGCUUAAUAGAACUUGAACCAGUUCUGAGAACAUUUGAAGACAUAACUUUUCUUGAAGCUGUUAUUCAGCUAAAAAAAUCAAAGAUACAGAGUGCAUCGAGUACAAUUCACUUAUGUGAUAAGAAAAUGGAUUUAUCACUGAACAUACCUGCAAGCCAUCCUCCACAGGAGGAAUCAUGUGGAUCCUCUCUGCUCUCUAGAAACGCUGGUUCUCCUGGAACCUCCAGGUCUCUGUCAGCUCCUCAAGACAAAGGUUUUUUCCAUGGAGGACCUCAAGACUGUUCUUCGUCGAAGGCGUACCAUUGUCCUGGAAAUCACAGCUGGGAUGGUAUCAUUUCUGUGUCACAAGAGGCAGCCUUCUGUGAUCGCAGAGCCAGCUCGUGCUCCUUGACUGUGAUAAGGCCACUGUUGGUUGAGAAAAGUUCAGAGCGCCCACAACCCGGGAUAGCACAACAGUGGAUCCAGAGUAAGAGGGAAGCCAUUGUGAGCCAGAUGACUGAAGCCUGCCUGAACCAAUCCCUGGACGCCCUUCUGUCUCGGGACCUGAUCAUGAAGGAGGACUAUGAACUCAUUAGCACCAAACCUACAAGGACCGCAAAAGUCAGACAGCUGCUAGAUACCUCUGACAUCCAAGGAGAAGAGUUUGCCAGAGUUAUAGUACAGAAGUUGAAAGACAACAAGCAGAUGGGGCUUCAGCCUUACCCGGAAGUACUUUUGGUUUCCAGAACACCAUCUUCAAAUGUCCUUCAAAAUAAAACCUUAUAAGGGGGCCUUCUUUGAGGGGAAAGUCGGUUUACAAAUGAUUAUUUAUAUUUCUGUUACCUGUAUAAUAUUUGUAUAAAAACAUGAGAGUAUUAGAUGCUUCAGUGAAGGUUUUUGGAAGAGUCUCUUCCCAUGACGUUGCAGUAUUUUUUUUUAAAUUAAUAUAAGUAAAAAGUUUGCAUUAUGCUGUGUAGUUCAGUUUUUAUGUCAGCUUCACUACUUGAACUUUUUUUUAAUGUGAUAAUCACAUUUUUCUUAUAUGUAACAAGCCUUCGUUUCUGAUGGAAGACAUUUUCCCACUCACCUGACCUGUGGAUUCCUCAUUAUUCCUCUAAAGUGCGGUUUGACAUUACAUAGCAGUGAUAUGGUGUUGCCCCUCUGCAACCCCAAGUUCAGAUCUCCAGAGAGUUACUCAUUUUUAAAUUUGAUUUACAAAUUCUUUAGAAGGUGGUUUCAAGGAAUACAAAGUGUAUAAAGAAGAAAAAAAAGAGAGAGAGAGAGAAUCUUUUACUAACACUGGCCGUCCGUGUACCUCUGCUUGACCUUUGCCUCCUGUCUUUCUCCAGAGCAAGCAGCCCAUUGUGUAUCCUGCUGCAGCCUGCUUCCGGCUCCUAUUUUAAGAAUAUGCUGGUUGGGUAGAGGCCGGCCUUUGCUUCGCUAUUUCCUUUGUAACACACCAUGGUUUUUGAACUGAAGGGUACAUCCGGUGUCUCCCCCAGCUCACCUAACUAACUCCGUUCAAUUACCGCACAGCGGCCAUGCCUCUCUGUGUUUGCUUUUCCAAGCGUGUUCUCAACUUCACGACAAACAAUAAAAAGGCAAUACAGUGUG